AUGCCAAAUCCUCCCACCAGAUACAAUGAGCAGGCAAUCCAACGCCUUGUUGAUUGGAAUUCCGAUGUCAUGGUUCGUCUUCUAAAGCAAGUGGUUGCCAAAAGAGUGGCAUACGGACAGGAGACUUGGGACGUAGAACCUGUUCUGGAACAAGAAGAAGGAAAACUUGUCCUUGAUGAGGUUGCUGAGGUCAUCGACCUUCCGAUGUUCAAAUACUACAGAACUUCUCCAAAUCCAGAUGCUGUCGUUCUUCCAGAGGCAGCCGAGAAACAGCUACGUGAUUAUGUUGCUGCUGUCUCUAAUGCAUACCACGAUAACCCAUACCACUGCCUCCAACAUGCAAGUCAAGUCACAACUGCACUGACCAAGUUGCUUUCUCGAGUCGUCGCGACCUCACUUGACGAGCUUGAUACCGAGCUUGGAGAAGAGUAUGGCACAGAUGAUGACUCUCUUGAAGAUGUCCAAGUGACCGAUAACAUGGCUGCCAUGUUGCAUCACCAUACAUUUGGAAUUGCGUCUGACCCACUCACACAGUUUGGGUUGGUAUUUGCAGCAUUGAUUCAUGCUGUUGACCAUCAAGGGGUGUCCAAUAAAGACGAGCUAAAAGUCAAUCCAGAAGCUGCCGCCCCCUAUGGCAACCGCAGUAUGGUCGAACAACGUUCGAUUAAUAAGGCCUGGAAGAAGCUUAUGGAACCAGAGUUUAAGGAGCUCCGCAGAUGCCUCUACAAAGAUGAAGUGGAGCUCAAGCGUUUCCGUCAAGUUGUCGUCAACGCAGUCUUGGCAACUGAUAUUGAUGAUGCUGAACUCCAAAAUCUCCGAAUGACUCGAUGGGAGAAAACGUUCUCCAGUGGCGUAAGAAUGACUGGACGGGAUACAUUGAAGGAUGUGAACCGAAAAGCUACUAUCGUGAUUGAACAAUUGAUGCAAGCGGCACACAUCAUUCAUACGAUGCAACCGUGGAUUGUCUAUGACAAAUGGUCUCGUCGCCAUUUCCUCGAAAUGCAUAUUGCAUUUAAGGGUGAAAACAGUGCCUCUGAUCCUUCUGCGUCUUGGCUGAAGUCUGAAAUGGACUUUUUUGACAAUUAUGCAAUUCCGUUGGCGAUGCAAUUGAAGGAUUGCGAUGCAUUUGUUGUAAAUCAAGAUGAGUUCCUCAAUUAUGUAUUGAAGAAUCGACAGCAACUAUCUUCACUAGGAGAAGAGUUGCUCAAAUCGAUGAUAGAGCAAGCGAAGAAGGACGACAAGGUGGAGGAGCAAACUGGUUCCGAUCAUCUCAUCUUUAAUCCAGAGACUCGCAUGCUUGAUAACUUGCACAAUGACGGAAAGGUCUCAAGACAUCUACAGCACCUUAUCGACUGGAACGUUGAAAUACUUGGAAUGGCUGUGAAACGGAUCGUUGCCAAGAAUAAUGCCACUGGUGAUACUGGAAACAAAGAACGUAUCGACCUUGAACUUGAUCUGACUGUCAAGAUUGUGGAUGAAGUUGCAGAUGUUAUUGCUUUCCCUGACUUUGAUGCAUCCACGGCACCAGCUAUGCUGGAUACUUCUGCAGAGCUCGAUGUCGUCAUCACAUCUCAGCUUCGAGAGUUUGUGACAGACAUCGCCACAAGAUUCAAGAGCAAUCCAUUCCAUUGCUUGGAUCGUGGAACACAAAUCUGUAUGUCGGCGAAGAAGCUUCUCGGUCGACUCAUGACCAAGACACCAGAAGAAUCUUCAGAAGAUAUCUACUCCAAGAGCUUUGGUAUUGCAUCUGAUCCGCUUGCCCAACUGGCAGUAGUGUUUGCUGCGCUCAUCAUUGAUGUCGAUCACCAAGGCAUCCCAAACAGUCAGCAUGUUUUUGAGAACUCGUACCUUGCUGACAAGUUCAAGAAUCGAUGCAUCAGCCAGCAGCAUGCUCUCGACAUCUGCUGGGGACAUUUCAUGCACGGCGAAUUUGAUGAAUUGCGCGCAUCAAUCUUCUCUACCGCAAGCGAGUUGAAACGAUUCCGUCAAAUCGUCGUCAAUUGCAUUUUGGCAACUGAUCUUGAGGAUGAUGAACUUGUCCACUUCCGUAAGAAGCGUUGGGAUAAGGCAUUUAUCGCUGGUCGUAGGGAUGAAUCAGUUGAAAACAGGAAUAGAAGAGCCACCAUCUUGCUUGAAAUGAUCGCGCAAUCGGCCGAUAUGUUCCAUGCCACACAGAACUGGCACCUUUACACAAAGUGGAAUGAACGCCAUUUUUCGGAAAUGUACAAAGUCUAUCAAGACAAACGCCUCAAACAGGAUCCCACAAUUUUCUGGUACAAGAGUGAGCUACUUUUCUUUGACGAGCAUGCCAUUCCUCUUGCCAAUCAAUUGAAGGAAUGCGGUUGCUUUGGAAAUACUUCAGAAGAGUACUUGAGUUGGGCUCUCGCCAACCGACAGCAGUGGGCCGCAAAGGGCAAUGAACUCGUUGCCUCUAUUGUGGCUCGACACCUUGGAAAGCAGAUUGAAAAGCAGAGAUCUGUCAGGUUCCAUCGUCGCGUCAGUCUCAGUGCCAAACAAGCGUAG